GUAGCGUGGAUCUUAAUGUGAGGAUAUUCGCCAACUAGGAGGGCCAUUCGGCGGUCAAACGGAAGCACGAGCUUGCGCGGGAUCGGUACCGAUGCGCCAGACCCUCGGAGCAAUCCAGCGACGACUUGUUCACCAACGGGUUUCUCACGGAAUCCAGUGAUGGAAGGAUAGGCUCCAAACUGGGCCAGCCUAAACGAGAGGUCAGUCAGUGAUGGAAGCUCGAAAAGGGCCCGGCAGUUUGUCUCUGACCAAAGACCAGACCGUGAGACGACUUCCUUCUCCACCUGGAUCCGUGUUGGCAUGCGGUCCCCUCAUGUUGGGGAGCGACCAUCUUCCAGAGUCAAAAGAAAUGACGGCGUUAGAUAGAUACCCCAAUGCUAAGCGAUUCAUUGUUGCGUAUCCGUCUCUCAUCCGCCAACUUUGGGGUGCAGUUUCUGGGUUUCUUCCGGCCCUUGUCCAGACUCUCUCUUCACAUGCUCAUCCCGACACUGUACUGGUGUCGUCUGACUUCUUCAACGCAGCCUCAUACCCCUCCAACCGCUUCCUCCGCUCCUCACCGAUCUCCGUACCGUACGUCUACAACCGACUGCUCAGAAAGAUCCAGCCCGGAGUCCCGCGCCGCCGCGCCACGCGCGCCCGGAGCAACCGCUCAACCUCUUCAUGCCCAAUCAGCGUCGCGUUCCGGCGCAUUGCCGAAACCUGUCUCCCCUCGAUCUGUCCGCGCACCAUGGUCCAGCACAUGCACCGCACGAUCUAUUCAAAUUGGGCGAUGGCCAUGUCGGCUUGGUAGUCGUGGCUCGGGUGCUUGCCGUUGAGCAGGGCGUGGAAACCCCACAAACCGUCGAGGAGCGGCCGGAAGAGUUUC